UUUGAGUUUUUCUGCAUAUCCAAAAUUCGUGGCAAUAUCCCUGAGCAGCAGUCGUGUUUUCAAUUUCAUUUUGGAAACCGGUUAGCGUCGUAAAAAGUAGUGUUUUUAAUUAAUUUAACUUGACAUUGGUUUCUAUAAUGGGUGAAGAAAAUACUUGUGCAAAUGAAGAAGGAAAAGAAAUUUCCGAUUUAGAAGCAAAAAUUAUACGUCAAGUUGAGUACUAUUUUGGAAACUACAAUUUGGCCAGAGACAAAUUUUUAGGCGAACUGGUUAAACAAGAUGAUGGCUGGGUUCCUAUGGAAACCAUGAUUAAAUUCAAACGUUUAAAGAGUUUAUCUGAAGAUUUUGAAGUGAUAACAACAGCCCUGAAAAAAUCUCCUAAUCAAUUGCUUGAGGUUAGUGAAGAUGGCAGUAAAAUUAGACGAAUGCUUGAAAAACCUCUACCAGCAAAUGACGAGGAACAUAGAAGAGAAAGAGAUGAAAGGACACUUUAUGUGAAAGGUUUUAAAAGGACAACAACAUUAGAUGAGCUUCUGGAAUACUUUAAACCUCACAACAGUGAAAAUAUUCUUAUGAGACGAAAUCCCGCAAACAAGACUUUUAAAGGAUCUGUUUUUGUUACUUUUGAAACUAAAGAUGAUUCUGUAAAAUUUUUGGAGAAUAAAUCUUUAAAAUUUGAAGGAAUGGAACUGCUUAGAGAAACAAAGAAAGCCUACAUUGAGCGAAAGGAUAUUUUCUUUGAAAACUUGAGAAAAGAGAAGGAAAAGAAAUUACUUGGAAAAAAAGAUACAGAAAAUAAAAAUGAAGAAAAUGUUGCGGCACCACAACUGGAAAUGAAGGAAGGAUGUUGCCUGAAGCUCACUGGAUUAGAUAAUAAUGUGACUCGAGAAAUGUUAAAAGACACAUUUGGAUCUUAUGGAAAUAUAAUUUAUAUUGACUAUAGUAGAGGCAAACAAAAUGGUAUUAUAAGAUUUGAAGAAGGAAUUGUUCCAGAUAUUGUGCAAAAGAUUCCAGAAGAAGAUGGGCAAAGAAAAGUCAAAAUUGGUUCUUCUAACCCAGUGGUUACUUUAAUUGAAGGUGAUGAAGAAAAAGAAUACUGGAACACCAUUGCAAUAUCGAGAGCAAAUACUUUUGCCUUAAAGAAAGCUGCAAGAGGGCAACAUAGAGGUCAGAAGCAAGGGGGAAAUAAAGGUUGGUUUAAAAAGAACUGGAAUAAAAGAAAGGGAGCAAAUGCUAAUGAUGAAAACAAUGCAUCAGAUCAGAAUAAGAAGAAAGCAAAACUUGACGAUGGUGCUGAAAAUGCAUCAGAGGAGCCACCUAAGAAGAAAGUUAAAUCAGACCUUGAAAGUGGCACAAAAGUUGAAACUGCCGUUGAAUCUUGAUUUCUAUGAGAAUCAUUUUUUUUAAAGACAAAUGAUGUAAUGAAUUCAUUUCAAAAUGCUUUUUGUCUUAAAUUUGACUAACAGUCAAAUACUAUCAUAAAGUAGCUACUUGUAUAUAAAUAUAAAAAAUACUGUUAGCUUUUUACAGACAUUUUUUUACAGUUGGAACUUUGUGUUUUUUUUUUCUAUUUAUGAAAUAUUCAUAUUUGUCUCCAUAUAAAAAAAAACAAUUAUAUUGUAAGAUAAAGCUAUGCUCUAUAGUAUUGUUUUGUAAAAUAUCUAUACUUGUAUUUUUAAGAAUCAAUAAGGCGACAUUCUUUCUAUCAUGUUAAUGAAUUUGUUUACAUUUGAGAGAAAGGUUUUUGUGUUUAUUUUUUUUUACUUUCAAAAACUAUAAUGGAC